GUAGUAGUUUUGCGCAGUAGCUGCCGGUAGCAUUUAGGAUGGGCAGGACUGCGAUAGACUUAUUUAAACUGAUGUAUCACACGGCCACAUACCUGAACCUCGUUCUGACCGUGCCCGUGGCCAAGAAUGGCAAGUUGUGCCAGCUGCACAUAUCCGCUGACUAUUAUUGAUAGUAUCGUGUGUUACGAGUGUUCGAGCUACUUUCACAUAGACUGCGCGCAACUGGUCGGCUUCCCGUAUUACGAGUUCAGCAGCGACCCUAGCAGAAACACCUUCCACUGUGCGACCUGCAAGAUACUACCUCUGCCCAGGAGACGGAGUGAGAGCCACAGUGAUAGCGAGACCGAGGGGGACUCAGUCAUGCCGAGUAGGCAAUUGGACUACCAGCUGGAGGGGGAUGUGGACCUAGCCAAGAACUUGAACGAGGUCCAGGGGAGCGUACAGGACCUCUCUGACCUUUGCAAGGACAUGCUGAGGGAAAUAAACGAAUUGAAAUCCAUUAACUUGACUCUGAGGUGUUGCAUUGAGAACCUUCGACACGACAAUGAGAAUAGAGAUUGUGUGAUAGCUGAGUUGAAGUACAGACUAGACGUUCUUGAGAGAAACAGAACAUCUGAGAGAAUCAACGCUGAGACCUCUGAAUGGGGCGAGAAUAGAGAGGGCGAUGUAGAGAGGUACUUGACUCCAGAGCCCGAAGACAAUUCAAAGGUCGAAGAAUUGAGUACUUCGUUUUCUAAAGCUUACAUUCCCGAUUAUCGUAACGAUAAUUUCCAAAUACAAGAUGAAACAUUACAACGCAUUUUACCAGAAGAAAAAGUUAAUGACAGGGGAGAUGAAGAUGAGGAUGUGACCAAUAAGACAGCAGAAGACUUGCAAGACAGUGGUGCAAUCACAGGAACUGAAAACGAUGAUCAGGAAUCUGAAACCGUACCUCCAGAAAAAGAAGAACCCCUCUAUACCGAAGAGACGUUCACUUUCGAUGUAAUAAAAGAAAGCAAAGCAGAUGAACUAUCUGAUGUUGAACAAAGAAGAAAAGAUUGGGACUGGAGAGGGAGCAAAGCUGUAGAGUUGGAACAUUUAGAAGAUGAGGAAAGUGAAGAGGAGGAGAGUGAAAGCGAAUCCUCACAAGUAGAAGAAGGGGAUAACCAGGGUUGGGAAGUAUUAGAAGAGGAAAUACGAUCCAAAACAUCAAGCGAACCAAAUAAGUUUGAUGAGUCGGGUGACGAUUUCUGGUCCUCGAAAAAAGAUGAAGAGAAUCAGGAUGUAGAGGAAGGUGAGGAAACAGAAACAGAAGACGAAAGCUGGAAAGAAAAAUGUGAGAUGCGUGACAAGAAACAUGUAUUAGAAAAGGAUUUUGAUGUAGAACAGAAAACAUCGAAAGAAGAAACGGAAUCAACCUAUGAUUCUGAGGCAGAAGAGGCUGCUGACGCGACCCGUGAUCAGGAGACCCCGGUACCAGAGGAAACGUCAGAGGAUGGCGCGGAGAAGAAAGAAGGCGAAGGACUUGGCGAAAGUGAAGAAGGAAAACUGCCCGAGGGAGUCGAAGGCGAAAUUACUGCUGAAGGCGCGGCCGUCCUGGAAGGGGAGCCACGACUCGACGGUGAUGAAGAGGCUCGGCUGGAGGGUGAAGGCGCUCCACAGCCGAAUACCGAAGACACACCCCGCCUCGAGGGUGAGCAAGGGGUGGAAGGGGAGCAGAUGGGGGGACAGUCACCAGAUGGAGAGGUCCAGCCCACAGAACCCCAACCACCCCCGCCACCCGUUCACACCGAAGAGGACCUGUGGCUCUACCUGAAGGAGACGGUGACCAGCGUCCAUCCCUCCACUGUGGAGGAGUUCGUGCAGAAUCUGAUUGGCACCCUUCAGCACGUUCCUGAAGAGUAUCUCAAGCCUGUCAUUGAGGCUAACAUCAAGCGCGCCGCUUCUCCCUGUGUUCUUGAUGGUGAACAACCAGUGGCCCAGGAAGGAACUCUUCUAGUAGAAGAAGGCCAAGAAGCCCCGCCAGACGGCUCUGUCCCUACUGAAUCAUCAGAAAGUGAGACAGCCGUGGCGGGAGAGGUCUCUGAAGUAACAACAGAGGUCGCAGGAGAUGCUGUUGUAUCAGAAGUGCCUGCAGAGGUGCCAGAAGAGCCCGCAACAACUGAAGAGGUCACUGACGGGUUCUCCAUAGUCGAAGCCACAGCCUAGGAUCCCAGCGCCAGCUCGUCGUGCCACCCAUCGUACUACCGGCCACGACAACUUCAUCUGUCUUGUAACUCUAUGUGAAUAAACACUCGUUUUGUUUUAAAAA